AGAGCCUUUCUCGGCCAUUCGUUUCUUUGAUUCACCAGCACGCCAAGCAGCAGCAUAGCCCUCAGGGUCUCUUGUUCAGCAAAACUGGAUCUAGGAUUGAUUCUUCCCGUGGCCUUGUCACCUGUGCAGCUCGUGUCUGGUUUCGGUCGCUAGAAUAUGCCCGAAAACUCGUGUUCAGAAAGUCCAAUAGAUACUGCGGUAACGUAAAUCCCCACCUUUUGUAUCCUAGACCGCGUUAGCGAUGGGUCGUCAGAAUAGUAAUGGCGGUCGUAGCCGGAAAGACCAACCCGAACCCGUAGCGCUUUUCCCGCCGAUACAUGUCAGCCACGCCACAGCGGCGUCGGGUCCCAAGGCUCCUCCGCGGAACAAGAUGGCGCUCUACGAGCAGGUCUCCGUUCCGUCGAAGCGGUUCCGGCCGUCGUCGCAGCCGCUUGGAGGGCCGCUUGGAGGGCCGGCGAUGAACGCGCCGUCGACGUUUCAUCCCAUGCACAGCGAAACCAAGGUCCCUCUGAUGCCUCCCAACUACGAGAGCAAGUUCUCAUACGCGCCGUACGCCGCGCAGCAGCAGGCGCAGCAACGUCAGCAGCAGCAGCAGCAGCAGUACCCCUGCAACAGCUUCAAAACUCCUCCGCAGGCCGGCAGCAUGCUUCAGUCCCAUUCCGGAAUCGCCAGCAGCACGGGAAGCUUCUCCGAAGCCGCCGCCUUCCAAACCGCGGGCCAGGCAGCCUUGGCCGCGUGCGCCGCACACAGCGCAGGCGGCGGCGCCGGAACUCCCGCCGGCCGGCACGGCGGCGGAGGCGGAGGCGGAGGCGGAGGAGCAGGCGGUACGGUGAGCAUGGUCCAGGGGAGAGGCGCGGGAGGUGCGGGUGCGAUGAGCAGCAACAGCAACAGCCAGGAUCAAGCGUCUCGCAACGACGCGGAUCAAUGGGCGUUUUGGGCCUGGCAGCAGCGCCACAUGCCGUGGGGGGGCGGCGCUUCCCCCAGCUCCCCCUCCCCGCCCGUCAUCCCGCAAGCCUCCAUGUCCCCCGCGAGCGCCGCCGCCGCCGCCGCCGCAGCAAUGGCCGCCUUUGCGGGCACCAACAACAGAAAGGAUGGCAGCACUGCGGCUAUGUACCCGAUGCAAGGGCUCGCUGCCGCGUCGGGCUUGGGCGGCGGCCGCGGCGACCCGGGUGUGGCGGCGGCUGCUGCGGCGGCCAUGGCGGCGGCCGGCGCGGCGUUUUUGAAUUAUGGGAGCGGGUCGCUCGGGGCGGGUACGGGCUCUGGCGCAGGCGCAGGCGCAAGUGGCGCAGUUCCGCCACUGGCCCCCGGAACGUGGAACGGCACAUCGGCGGAGGGAGGGCUGGCGGGGCUCAUGUCCAAUUUCAGCUGGCCUGGGCCUGGUAACCCGAAUGCGUUACUCAUGAUGAGCCAAGCGCACAUGUUUGGCGGAAUGGGCGGGUUCGGCGGAAGCUCAGGCGGGGGGUCUCCGCCCGAACGCGGGUGCAUACACGGGGAAGGGGAGGCGUCAGGGUUGCAGAGGCGGAGCCCGUCCGCUGCGGCUGCGCGUUCCGCCGCCAGCGAGAGGCUCGGGCGCAGACGAGCGGAGGAGCGGGGCAGCCGCGGGGGGGCCGCGCGGAGCGGAGUGGACGAGACGCGGAAAGAGAGGGGCUUGCGGAAGAGCGCAAGCACAAGGUCCGCGGGGUCCAGAGGACCAGCGGCCACUGCGCCUGCCGGUGUGGUCGGCCCAGGUGGAGGCGGAGGCGGAGCGGCAGGGGAAGGGGGAGCGGUUGGCGCGGUGUCGACAACGAGUGGGCGGAGCAUGCGGAGCACGAUGAAAAGCGGGGUGAGGAGCGCGGUUAAGAGCGGUAAGGGAAAGAAGAGAAAGGAGAUGGUGACUGGUGACGGUGCGACGCAGCAGGAGCAGGCGCAGCAGCGUGCGGAAGGAGCAGCGGGAGCAGCAGAGGGAGCAGCAGCGGGAGCAGCGGAAGCGGGAGCAGCCGAAGCGGAGCUGUUUGCGGGAAUCGAGGUUCUCCGCGCUGCUGCCAUCGCCGCGCGAGAGGAGGAGAGGCGCGCCGCUUCCGCCGCCGCAAGGGAGGGCAGGGGGACGACGGCUGAUCGCGCAAGGAAUGCGGAGGGGAACGGAGAGGCGCGGAUCAUGGGUCAGGGCGGUGAGGGCGGGGAAGCUAGUAUGGGGAUGGCGCCUACGCCUGCCCAGGCGGACGAGGAUGUAAGACCGAGCGAGGGAGAAGGCGCAAGUGCGGCGGCGGAAGCGAGUGGGACGGCGGAGGUGGGUGGCGCGGUGGAGGCGGGUCAAGAGCGCGGCGGCAGCGAGGGGCAACGUGAGGCCCGGGCUCUGGGGCGCUUCCGCGCUGCUGCUGCCGCCGCUGCAGCCACCGCGGCCGCCGGCGUUGCUGCUGGUUGCGCUGGCGGGUACCACGGCACAGCGACAAGCGAAGGAGCACCGGCGGCUGCUGCUGCUGCUGCUGCUGCCCUUCCUGCUGCUGCUGCUGCUGCCCUUCCUGCUGCUGCUGCUGCUGCUGCUCCAGCUGUUAUUUCAGGCGUUCAGGCAGACAUGGCGGCUGUGCGAGGGGAAGCGGCGGGAGGCAUGCUGGCGAUGGUGCUGGGGGUGGAAGGCGGGGUGGAGGACGAAGAGGAGGAGCGAUUCCGAAGGGAGAGCAGGAAGAGAAGCCGAGGGGCGGUGGAAGGGGCAGUGGAAGGGGAGGAUGAUGGGGCGGAGGGCGGGGAGGACGCAGGGAAGAAGAAGAGGGGGAAGGGGGGAGGGGAAGGGGGGUUAUGUGCGGCGGACCUGCUGGGUGCGGUGGGACAGAAGGAGUUUUGGCGGGUGAGGAAGGGGCUAGUGCGGCAGCAGCACAUCUUCUCCACUCAGCUGUUCGAGCUGCACUGCCUCAACAAGGUUCAAGAGGGGCUGAUGCACGAGUCUCAAAAGCUCAAGGUGCAAGAAGACCAGCAGAAGGAGGAGCAGGAGGAGCAACGACGGCAAGAGGGCCAGCAACCCGACCAGCAGCAGGCGUCACAACCGGCGGCAACUAUAGUUGAUCCUUCCGGCAACCAUUAUGGCGUGGCUGCUGCUGCAAGUGCUGGCAGUGGCGGCGCUACGGCUUCGAGGAACAGCUCCCCUGAGGCGAUUCAGAAGUCGGCUUCAGUGGAAGACACUCCAGCUGCCACAGCUACAUCACCACCGCCAGCAGCAGGAGCAGCAGUAGCAGCGGCAGCGGCGGCGGCAGGAGCAUUCGCCAGCACGCCUGGCAUGAAGCCGCCUCCUGCGCGCUCUCCCCACGGCCGCCCUCCGGUGUCUCCCGCUUCCCGUCUGGCCACCAUCCCAGCCUUCCCUGGAUUCACCGAUGCGCCUGCUGCUGCUGAAGGCUCCUCAGGAGCAGCUGUGCCACCAGCAGCAGCACCAGGAGCAGCAGAGGGAGCAGCGGCAGCAUCACCAGCAGCAGCAGGAGCAAUGCCAAGGCCAGUGAGUCCUGUCGUGUUGGAUGCAGCAGGAGGAGAAGUGAUGACUGGAGCAGCAGCAUCUGGGAGCAAGGGGGGUCCUGCUGGCUGGUCGUUCCCCCUAUACGCUCGCUUUGCCAAGAACGCCGACCCUGCUGCUGCAGCUGCUGCUGCGGCUGCUGCCAUUGCUGCCGAUGCUGCUGCCAAGCCUGCUGCCGCGCCUCCUGCAGCUUCGGACAACGCCACUGCCGCCCGGGCUACCGGCAUCACCCCAGCCUCAUUCGGGUUCCGGACAGGCUCGGAAUCUGCCGAACCGGAAGGCUCGGACGUAUUUGGCUUGAGCUGGGGUACCGUGCCUGAGUCGGAGGCUGGUGAAGGGGGAGGGGGCGGAGGGGAAGGGGAGAAAAAGGCAAAGGGUGCUGGAGGGAACUCUGCCAAGUAUGCUGCCAUGCUCAGUGCCAUGGGCCUGCCUGCUGAUUUUAGCAUGCCUGCCAAUCUUGGCGUGCCUGCCAAUUUUGGCAUGCCUGCUAAUUUUGGUAUGCCUGGAGUUGGAGGCAUGUCUGAUACCAUGGGCAUGCAUUUUGGCAUGGGGAUGAACAUGGGUAUGGGUAUGGGCAUGGGCCUGGAUUUGGGCACUGCUGCAGGAGCAGGAGGGAAAGCUGCUGCUGCAGGAGAUGCAGGUGCAUCUGGCACAGGCCCAUCAGGUGCAGGUGCAUCUGGUUCAGGCCCAUCUAUGAUGAUGGACAUGGCAGCACUGCACAUGUACAUUGCACAGCAGCACCGGAUGCAGCAGCAGUUGCGGCAGCAGCUGCUACAGCAGCAGCAGCAGCAGCAGCUGCUGCUUCAGAGCCUAGGGGGGCUUUUCCCUUCCUUUCCGCCGACCGCUGCUCCUGCUGCUUCUCCUGCUGCUGCUCCUGCAGCAGCUGCUUCCUUGAUGGAGCCUAGGGGGGCUGGGACUGCUGCUGCUGCGGCCAGUGCAGCAGCAUUUGCAGCAUGGCGCUCUGCUGUGGCAGCAUCUGCCAGUGGAAUGGUAGAGGACAACACACGGAGGAGAGACGAAAACGGUGACAGUUCAAGGCAUGAAGAUUUGGAGCUUAGCCUUUUCCCUUCUUUUGUGAGCACACAGAAGUAGAGGUGUAUAGAGCAUUUGCUAGGCGAAGACCUCAUACUCUCUUUGGAGGCUUUUGGUGUGCAUAAUAGUGUGUCAUGUUUUGGAUUUCUCUUGUAACUACAAACGCAUCUAUCUA